CCGGUCUUCUGGUUGAUUGUCAUUCAUACUUGAAUUCUCUUUCAGCAAAUUCAUCGACUAUCAGAAAAGAAAGAUUCUGUUUCAAAGUUUGUUUGUUUUUGUUUGUGUUUUGUAUAACUUUGUGUUUAGAACGAUGCCGUUUGACUUCUGGGAUGAUGUUGUCCUGCCAGCAUGGCAUGACAUAGCUCGAUGCAGGAUUACACAUGAAGCAUUAGAGAAUGCUGUCAUGGCAAUAGAUGAACAUCAUCCACGUAUCAGCAGAGAUCCCGUGCUGAGGGGAUAUGUGAUGAGGUGGAAGAAGUUAAUUAAAACCAGCAAAAGGAGUUCAGAGGAGGAUAGGCUAGCCGCAUAUAUUGCCUUUGUUGCUUGCUACAAGAGAGGGCAAUCAGGUGUCCAGAACUUCCUUCAAGACAUCCAGUCUUCAUCUUUCCCAUCCAAUGUUGCUGUUGGUGGACUGCUGGAGAGAAUUUGGGAAGCUCGCAAGAAUGAUCAUCCUGAGGAAGAUGUCAAGGAUCCAUAUUUCUUCACAACGGUUGUCAAGAGCAACUUACCACAGAUCAUUGCCAACCUAGCGACUGUACCAGAUAUAGUGCUCACUGAAGUAUUUGGAGAUUCCAUCCUGGAUGAAGAGUGUAUCAGCACUUAUCGAACAGCAUGUGAGGUGGCCGGUCAUGUGCGUUAUCUUCCAAUUUGCUGUCAAGCAGCAAUCGGGGCGUCUUUGCUGUACCCAGUGCACAGCUUUCUGUUUCUCUUUUAUUCCUUGCACCACCCUGAGCUCACUCAACGACUGGAUAAAGACUUCCGGAUCAAGAUCGACCAUGAGGCAGGAUGUGAUGGGAGUAGUCUUGUCCAACUGUUGAAUUUGGCUAUUGAUUCACAGAGAGAGGGAGGUACCGCAAUAUCAAUGGGGAGCGAUGAAGGUGUGAUUGCAGUGCGAGAAGGACCGGCUGAUAAUGGCCAGUACGCAGCAGCACUAAGUGAGCUGAUCAAGGAAGGUGUCCAGCUGAUACCGUACGGGCGCCUGAUAAUGUGCGGGCCGGGCCGCACAGGCAAGAGCAGCUUCCUGCGAUCCCUCCUGCGUCAAGCAUUCAUGUCAAAGGUCGAUAGUACCAUCGGUGUGGAGCUGGAGAAGGUGAUAUGCACGAUCGAGAAGCAAGGGUUAACGUAUGUAUGGAAGCAAGCUGAAGAUUCUUACCAGCAGCAGUUGGCCCUGACGCACAGAGCUGUUGGACAAGAGCAAAGGAAGAAAGAGAUAGUAGCAGCACUGAGACAACAAGGUGUGGAGAUCCCAAAGAACACCAGGUCCACAUCCUCCAUGCCAUCAACACCCAUGACAUCACCAUCCGCUGUGAUUGAGACUGAGCAAGCAGAUGCAGCCAGUGUGUGUGAAUCUGCUGUCAGCCAACAGGAUGAAGCCACCCACAACGGGUACUCUGGUCAAUCAGCUACCAGUUCAUCUGACACCAUGGUCUCUCAGAAUGUUUCCACUGCAUCCAAGCCGGAGGAGGUCUCAACCAUGAGUGUAGAACAGGUAGCAACAGCAGAGCAAGAUGUGCAGCAGCUACAGACGGAGAUCAACUCAGCAACGCAGAAGUUUGAAGGCUUCAUUGAAGAUCUGAAGAAGGGCAAAAGUGAAGUUUUCACUGCAGAGCAUCUGAAAAACUUGACAUUCAUGGACGUCUGGGACUUUGCGGGUCAGAAGCUGUUUGCAGCGAUCCAACACAUGGUCCUGGCUUGUGACCGAUGUGCGUAUGCUGUUGUGUUCGAUGCGUCAAAGAAGCUCCAGGACAGAGCAAAGCCGACGUUUGGUGUGGACGGUGAGGAACUGCCGCUUUCCAACAACCUGGAGCAGACCAACUUUGAUGUGAUGGAGACAUGGUUCAACGCUAUCCACGAGGUAAUUGGAGACAGUGACAAGGUGCCCGUGUUCGCCAUUGGCACACACGUGGACAAGUUACCAAAGAAGCCAGAAGCAAGGAAGAAGGCAACUGAAGAGAUAAAGAAGUACAUAUUGGCCAAUUCAGAGGGCAAGGCCUACGCCAACAACAUCGACAAGGUGGUUUUUGUGGACAACACACGAGCUGGCAAGGAUCCAGAAGACCCAGCAGUUGUUCAGCUACGGCAAGACAUCGUCCAACAGCUGCAGCAUCAGUUCAAUGUUCCAAUACCAAUCCGCUGGCUUCCUGUGACCAUCUCCAUUGGGCACAUUGCAAAAUCGUUUGAACGACCAUGGUUGUCGGUUGAAGAGCUACGUCGCUUGGCCAUUGCUGUUGGUAGUAUCUCCAGUGAUGAUCCUGAGUCCGAUUUCCAGGAGAUGGUGAAGUUCCACCAUGGUCUUGGUCAUUUGCUUCACUUUGUUCACAAUGCCCGUCUUCGUGAUCGUGUGAUCAUUGACAUCCACUGGGUUCUGAAGACCAUGUCACUGCUCUUUUGUCCUGAACCAAAGGAUAUGCAGAGCAAGCGUCUUCGUCCACAGUACGACUUGCUGACUCAGGAUGGCAUUCUCCUUGAAAGUCUUGCCAUGCACCGCUGGUCACAGCACAAUCGAAUGACAUCGCGCUACACAGCCACAGAAGAACAGCGUGAUUUUCUGUUCGAGAUGGGUGAGCACUUUGCCCUGUUCUACAACACCAAGACAUCUGUGAGCGUGCCUGGUCAGAGAAAGGAGGUGACAACUCGCAAGUUCUUUGUACCAGCACUUGUGGAGCGAGUUGCACGUCUUCAAGAUGAAUUGAGCAAAGGCAAGCCAAGUUCAGCUAUGUACCUUUACAGUGGUGCAGAUCGUUACUUUCCACAAACCCUGUUCUGGUGUGGUGUUGUGAGGUGUAUGCAACGCUACAGUCCAAAGGUGGAUCCAAUUCUCUAUCACACAUCGGCACGUAUUCUGGUGAAGGAUCGCUUCUGGCUGGUCAUGCAGUAUUUCCAGCAUGGCAUUCGCCUGUCACUGGAGAUUCCUGUCGCAGCUGGCACGGCUAAGUCUUCUUCUACCGAUGCUGCCACUCGCAUGGACAAGUCAAUUGGCUCUCCUGGUGUUGGUACCGCAGCAAACGAGGAUGAUUCCGCUGCAGUCAAGCUUUGUCAUGAGCUUCUACCAUACCUGGAGUCGGAGCUUGACAAUCUGAAGGCAUUCUCCCUGACUCAUGUGAAGUUUAGCAGAGCUGUUCGCUGUCCAUGCUCGUUCAGCCGAGAUGCGUGUCGCAAGCACAAGAAGAAGGGUUGUGCAGAGAUUGGCUGUCAGCACUUUGCUCCACUGGUGGAGGGAUUACGUCCACGUUGUACCAUCGGAGGACGUCCAGAAGUGGAUAUCACUGAUGUACGCCAAUACUGGCCAUGCUUUGCCAAAGAUACACAGACCCCAGAGCUUGCUGAUACUGAGAAGCCAAUGCCGGCAAUGCCAAUGACAGUUGUGGAGCCCGCAGUCAAGGACAGUGAAGUUGCAGCAACAGCCCAGAAGCCCGCUGUUUCAAAGAGAGCUGCAGCCUACCAGCAAGCACUGUACAAGCAUUAUGCUGCAAUACGAAGUAGCCUGGAAGGUUGCGUCCUUGACUGCGUCACCAGUUUGCGUGCAGAAGGUCACCUCAGUACCGAAGUCGUAAUGGAGACCAGAUCCCUGCAGAAAUCAGCAGGGCAAGAUGAGACUCUAGAUCACAUGUGUGCUCUUCUGGAGAAGCUCCCCGAUGACGGAAUGUGCUUCUUUGUGGAGGAUAUCCUGCUGUCGCAAGGUCUGUCACAGCUCGUGGAGACAUUCCGUGUGUGUCCUGGUCCUGGAAAGUGUUCACUACAUCGCAAUGACCUGCAUCCUGUAUCAGUGUAUUCCAGUGAUAAGACACUGUCCAUGCAGACUAGUGUUGAUGCCUCCCAGACUGGUAAUGUCAAGAGUAGUCAACUUGAGACUGGGAUGUCUGAUCUGCUCCAGGAAGUGCUGCGUUCAAGCUAUGUGGAAUUGAAGCGUAGCUUGGACGUAGAAGAGGGCAUUCUGGACCGUCUCUAUGCAGAGAGCAUCAUCACCCAGCGCUUCUGCAAGAAACUCCGUGCUAUGGAUGAUCGUGAAGAUCAGGCAACUGUCUUCUUGGAAGCACUGCCGGGCUGUGGCAAGCAGGCGUUCCGUCAGUUUGUGUCCGCUCUGAAAGAGAGUGAAAAGCUGGCCCACCAGGAGCUGGCUGAUCUCCUCAAGGAGAAGCUGCUGGAGAUGACACCCGGUCUGUGAAGGUCACUCUGCUGGUGGACCCACCAUGAGCUGCUAUGUACCCACAAUGAGCUGUAUCAGUGAAUGGUGUGUGUAGACGCUACUAAACGAUCGUAAUGUUUCUGAUCAAGUGUGUUCAGGUAUUCCAAGACAUUUUCCAGUUGUUUUUCUUUUACUCUGUCUUGAGAUUUUGUCUGGCAUCCUAACUGAUGUAGAUAUGAUUGAAUUACACUUUCCUUCAUGCUGUAUUAUUGCUAGAGUUAAUUGCUCAGUGAAAUGGUUGAAAAUGCAAGUAAUAUAUUAGUUAGAGUGUAAUGAAAUCCACACUCUACUGCACUGCUAGUUUGUAUUUGCUAUCUAUAUGUGUAUAACCGCUAGCUGUGCUGCAUUCUCACGCUUCUUUUCAAAUUACUCUAGCUAUAUAACUGGUUGUUUUAGUGAUUCUUACUAUGUGACGAUGUUCCACUGAUGAUGGUCACACGAAAACGUUCUGGAAUUGUUUCAUUUUAAUUGUUUAUACAUGGUUAUGAGUGCACAAUUGAUAUUUUCAUUGCUAUAUAUGUGUAUGCUUCGCUUUGUUGCACGGAAACGUGAUCCCUGUUGGGAUACGUUUUGAGCUGCUCAGCUGCGCUAAAGAGCCUAACUGUUGGUGCCUUAAUAUAUUAUAAUUCUACGAGUUUAUUGAUUUUACAACCUUUGUGCGAUUUCUCUCCGGAUCGUUCAAAUUUACAAGAGUACUGUCUGUUUCAUGAUUUCAAUACUAUCAGAUAUCCUUGAUUCACCUUUCCUUUUAGCAGAGCUCAUAGUUUUUUUUUCUCUCUUCAGAUUAGCCUAUGUUCUUUCUGCGCUUGUAGUCUGAGUAGUCAAAAAAAACGUACUCAGCGUCACAUUCACGUCUGAAAGUUGCAUUACCUGAGAUUAUGGAGAGUUACUCGGAUUGCAAGAAGUUUGUACUGACGUAUACUGUAUGUGGGCUUGUACGAGUUGUACAGUAUUGCUUGAUCUCUAUGCUUGACGGCAUCACACGGUUAUCACGAAACUGAACUAUCACAAUGUCAGACCGGGAAUACCUCAUUAGUGCAACGGGAAGAUGGCUGACUGUACUUGCUCAAUAUGAUUGUAUACUAGUUGUUAGUUGGACAAUGGCGGGUAUUGAGUGGAGUUAGUACAGUGUACAUUCUACUUGUACAUGUACUGUUGGUCGCUGGGUCUGCCUAGUAACCUACAUGAA